AUAAAGAUUCCUCCAAUGUGCUGAAAUCUUCCUGAGUGUGGGCUGCUGCAGACUGGCACACAUUCAGGACUCCUCCUUGGGGAUCAUUGGUAACUGUUGGCAAACUUCCUUUGCUUUUCUCCUUCCCACCCUUUUAUUUUGUAGAAAACAUAUCCUGACUGACACCAAUACCUUUCGUUGUGCCCCAGGAUCUUUGUCUUCAGAAAUGCUUGGCCUGGCCUGACUUCUUUUUAGCACCAGUGACUGGUGUCAAAGAAAAGAGAAAAGUCAGGAGUUCUGUAGAUAUGCAGGUCUAUGGUGUGCCUAAGUUCAGUCUGGAAAAAAGGUUAGUGUUCUUCCCAAAAAUGUGAAUCCCAUAGUCAGACUCGUUCUUCACGUUUUUGAAAGUACAGCUGUUUGAUCUGCAACAACUAUAAGAAGAGAGGUAGAGAAUGAGGUCACAGGAGGUUCUGCUUCCAAAGGUAUAAUAGAAGUCUAUGUAACAUACAUGGAAUUCUUCCCAGAGCAUGAAUGCCCAGCAGAAUCAUGGCCAGAAGAACGAUGUGGGGAAACUGGAAAACUGUCAGCCAGUUUGUUCUUGUCAGUUUCUCAGCCUUGUCUUCUGAUCUACAAACUCUACUAUCCCUCCUUUCCUUGACCAUUUACUUCAUUACCCUAUUGGGCAAUGUCCCUAUCAUCCUGGUCACUACAGCUGACUCUGCAAUACAAAGUGCCAUGUACUUCUUCCUCAGGAACUUGUCCUUCCUGGAGAUAGGUUUCAACUUGGUCAUUGUGCCCAACAUACUCGGGACCAUGAUCAUCCCAGACACAUCCAUCUCCUUCCUUGGCUGUGCCACUAAGAUAUAUUUAUUCUUCUUCUUUGGGGCUGCUGAAUGCUGCCUCCUGGCCACAAUGGCAUAUGACCACUAUGUGGCCAUCUGUGACCCUUUGCGUUACCCAGUCAUCAUGGACCACAGGGCCUGUGCCCAGCUGGCAACUGCAUCCUGGUUCUCAGGGUUUCCAGUGGCCACUGUGCAAACCACAUGGAUUUUCAGCUUCCCUUUUUGUGGCCACAAUAGAGUGAACCACAUCUUCUGUGACAGUCCCUCUGUCAUUGUUGCCCUGGUCUGUACUGAUAAUUUGCUGUUUGAACUGGAGGCUCUGACAGCCACUGUUCUCUCCAUCCUCUUCCCUUUCUUGCUGAUCUUGGGGUCCUGUGCUUGCAUCAUCUCCACUAUCUUCACGAUGCCCUCAGCUGAGGGGAAAUUCAAGGCCUUCUCCACCUCUUCCUCACACCUCCUGGUGGCCUCCCUUUACCACAGCACUGCCAUCAUCACACACUUCCGACCCCAGUCCAGCACCUCUCCUGAGAGCAAGAAGCUGCUAUCACUCUUCUACAUGGUGGUAACUCCCAUGUUGAACCCCAUCAUUUAUAGCUUAAGGAGCAGUGAAGUGAAGUCUGCACUGAAACAGGUCAUCCACAGGGCCCUGGGCUCAUAG